AUGACCACCUCCAAGUCCGCAAAGUCCCUCAUCCCCUCUGACCCCGCAAAGGUCAUGGUCAUUCGAGACAUCACACCCACCAUCACUACCCUGAGCGUUCCGUUUCUACGAUUCGGUCACAUCAAGGUUGGCGGUCGUGGAACAUUGGUCAAACUCCAGACCGGCAAUGUCGCAGUCUUCUCUCCCGUCGCAUUGACCCCUGCGGUCAAGGACAAAGUGCGGGCCUUGGGAAAUCUCAAGUACAUCGUCGCACCCGACAUCGAACACCAUAUCUUCCUCUCUACCUGGGCUGCAGAGUACCCCGAUGCCGAAGUCAUUGGAAUGGAAGGUCUGCCAGAGAAAAGAGAAGGAGAUGAAGCCACCAAAGGACUCAAAUUCUCCCACGUCUUCUCCCAGAGUAACAAACUCGACCUCAAGAUCUCUCCCGAAUUCGACGCCGAGUUCUCUUCGGAGUACUUCCACUCCCACGCCAACAAAGAACUCGUCUUCCUCCACAAGCCCACCCGAACCUUGAUCGAGGCCGAUCUUCUCUUCAACCUCCCGGCCACCGAACAAUUCUCCAAGACUGGCGUUGAUGCCACUUCAGGCAUCUUGACCAAGCUGUUUGGCGGUCUUAUGAACACCCGCGGCGACAUGGUCUGGCAAAAGCGCUUCUUGUGGUAUGCAGCUGGCGGUAAAGACAGACAAGGCUUCACCGCCUCAGCCAACAGAAUCAAGGCUUGGGAUUACGACCGAGUCAUCCCUUGUCACGGAGACGUGAUCGAGACCGGCGGCAAGACCAUCGUUGAUAGAGCCACUGCCUGGUUCACCGAGGGCAAAUGA